ACGGUUAUAAAUUGCCAGCGGAUCUAAACUCCAAACCCAUCGACCAUUUACACCAACUAUAACAUGGCGCACUCGCUCUCUUUCUCUCUCAUCUCCUCCUUCCUUCGUCCAUUUCCCACGCUGACCUCCGAGCUUCCGGCGAACUUCCGGUCGUUCUUUUCCGUCAAUCCAUCCUUCAGUCGGGAGAAGAUCACCCUAAAAUCCGCCGCAUUCAGUUCUGUUCAGUCUUGCCGGCUAUCAACAAGCGCCUUGAUGGCUUCUGGGACAACACCUCCGGGAGUGUUGACGAAGGGGGAUUCGGAGCUUCUAGUGUUUGAUAACGAGGAGGAGCUGUCCAAUUCUCUGGCCAAAUACACGGCCGAUCUGUCGAAGAAGUUCUGCCUGGAGAAGGGAGCUUUCACCGUCGUACUGUCCGGCGGCUCUCUCGUUAAAUCACUCAGGAAGUUGGUUGAGACUCCCUAUGGGGAUUCCAUUGAUUGGGGGAAGUGGCACAUUUUUUGGGUUGAUGAGAGGGUUGUACCUAAAGAUCACCCUGACAGCAAUUACAAACUUGUCUUCGAUGGUUUUCUUUCCAAGGUUCAAAUCCCCGCCGGCCAGGUAUAUGCCAUCAAUGAUUCCCUAUCAGCAGCAGGUGCUGCAGAUGACUAUGAAAGUUGUCUAAAACACCUAGUUAACGAAGGAGUACUGCUGCUAUCACCGGCAACAGGGUUUCCAAAGUUUGAUCUUAUGUUAUUGGGAAUGGGUCCUGAUGGUCAUAUAGCUUCCCUUUUCCCUGGACACAUUCUUCUCACUGAAAAUGAGCGUUGGGUUACUUUCAUUAAUAACUCCCCAAAGCCUCCACCUGAGAGAAUAACUUUCACUUUUCCUGUUAUCAAUUCUUCUGCUUAUGUUGCACUUGUUGCUACUGGAGCAGGUAAAGCUGAUGUUGUGCAUCAGGCUUUUGGCAGCAAAAACUCUUCUUCUGUCUUGCUACCUGUUCAAAUGGUUAAGCUAGAUAAUGGGAUACUAACCUGGUUCGCUGAUAAAGCCGCGGCUUCGAAACUGUAAGAUAAGGUAAGCCAUUUAAGGUCGUUUUAUUAUGCUAAUGUUAGCCUUGAGUUUGUGAAUUCAAUAAUUCAUGUGGUAGUCUGUGUUCUCAGCAUAAACUGAUUCUAUCUAUGCUAGUAUGUUGAAUAUUAUUAAUGUGGCGGUGCAGUGUAACUUUUUGACGGAUUACCUAUUUUGGAUACUUGUAGUAUCUUGAGAUUUUACCGUUAUAUCGUGCUUCUUAUAUGUAGAUGUAGUA